CCAAUGUCAUUAUUCUCCUUCGGUGAUUUUGCAGCACAAAAUCAUUCAACAUGGCAGCCCACAGGAUAGCAUGUUUGGGGUUAAAUGCCCUUUAUUCUACUGUCAGCGCCCAAAAGCAGGCCCUGAGGAGCUGCUGGGGAGCGGUGGAGCAGGUGAGGGGUUACUAUGUGGACUGGAGGAUGCUGAGGGAUGUCAAAAGAAGACAGAUGGCCUUUGACUAUGCUGACGAGAGGCUACGGAUCAAUGCACUGAGAAAAAACACCAUCCUACCCAAAGAGCUUCAGGAGGUGGCAGAUAAAGAAAUUGCAGCAUUGCCAAAGGACAGCUGCCCUGUGAGAAUACGCAACAGGUGUGUGAUGACUUCCAGACCUCGGGCAGUGAAGCGGAGGUGGCGACUGAGCCGUAUUAUCUUCCGUCACUUAGCUGACCACAACCAGAUGUCUGGGGUUCUGAGAGCGAGGUGGUGACUGGGGAUAAAAAAGAGGCUGUUUCAGAAGAGCAGGACAUCCGCAUUCAAGACAGACUUGUUUUGGCCUUUUAGUGUCUGGAGUUUUUACUGUUUUUGACUAUAAUAAAACAGUUCCACUGCUACACACAAAAGCAAUGAAGGUUUUCAUGUUUAAAGUGAGAUUACUGAACCACAUUUUGUGUAUGUUGUAUAUGCUGAGGCCAUGAAUAUAUCUGCACUGAAGGCUAUUAUCUUCUAAAUAUGAAAAUAUUUAACUCAGAGGAGCAAUUGCCAGUCUCAGUCAGGACUGGACUCUGAGAUGGAUGAAUAAAUAAUGUACAUUACAAGC